UUUUCCUCCAAGUAGACCGUAUGUGGCUUUGUACAAGGUUGGGGGAGCACUUCAGACUUGGCUUCCCCAGAUGGAGAGAGUAAAGCUAGAGCAAAUGCCAGAAUAUUUGUGUAUUAGGCUGGUGGCCAUGUUGCUCUUGGCAGCAACUUUUCUCCCGAGCACAUUCUGUGACACAGGCUCUGUAUAUAAUUCUUCCUAUGAAACAGUCAUCCCCAAGAGACUGCCGGGCAAGGGGGCCGAAGAUCCCGAAGAGAAGGUGUCCUACAUGCUGUUGAUGCAGGGCCAGGAGCAGCUGCUUCAUCUGAAGGUGAAGGGACACUACUCCAUGAAGAACUUCCCAGUCUACAGUUACCCCAGUGGCAUCCUGGGGCAAGAAAUGCCUCUCGUGUCACAGGACUGCCACUAUGAGGGCUACAUGGAAGGAGUUCCAGGCUCCUUUGUGUCUGUCAACAUCUGCUCAGGCCUCAGGGGCGUCCUGAUUAAGGAGGGGACGUCCUAUGUCAUUGAGCCCAUGCUCUCUUCCAAAAAGUAUGAACACAUCCUCUAUGCCGUGGCACAUCAGCCUCAGGUCUCCUGCAGCGUCACUCCCAGAGACAGCCCAGGGGACAUGAGCCAGCAACAGAGGAGCAGGGAGCCUGAUAACCUACAGGCGCUGUCGGACUUGUGGUCACACACCAAGUACGUGGAGCUGUUUGUCGUGGUCAACCACCAGCGGUUCCAGAUGUGGGGCAGUAACGUCAAGGAGACGGUGCGGGCAGUAGUGGACAUCAUUGCUCUGGCCAACAGCUUCACCAGGGGCAUAAACACAGAGGUGGUGCUGGUGGGUGUGGAGAUCUGGACGGAGGGGGACCUGAUAGAGGUGCCUGGGGACCUGCAGGCUACGCUCGGGAAUUUCAACCGCUGGAGACAGGAGAAGCUUAGGGACCGGGUCAGGCACGAUGUUGCACACUUGAUCGUUGGGCAUCACCCAGGAGAGAACGAGGGCCUGGCCUUUCUCAAUGGUGCCUGUUCAGGUGGGUUUGCGGCAGCUGUGGAGGCCUUCCAUCAUGAAGAUGUGCUCCUGUUUGCGGCCCUCAUGGCCCACGAGCUCGGGCACAACCUGGGUAUCCAGCACGACCACCCGGCCUGCACCUGUGACCCUAAGCACUUCUGCCUCAUGCACGAGAAGAUCAGUAAGGACAGUGGCUUCAGCAACUGCAGCUCUGACCACUUCUACCGUUUCCUCCACGACCACAGAGGGUCCUGCCUGCUUGAUGAGCCCUGGCACCAAAGCCGCAAGCGCAGAGACGCCGGUUGUGGAAAUGGUGUGGUGGAGAAACCGGAAGAGUGUGACUGUGGUCCUGACUGUGACUCUAACCAGUGCUGUGGUGCAAACUGUAAACUGAAGACGGGCGCAGAGUGUAAUAAUGGGCUUUGCUGUUCCCUAUGUAAGUUUAGAAGGUUAGGACAGAUUUGCCGUUCUGCUGAUGGACCAUGCGACCUGGAAGAAUACUGUGAUGGGAGCUCUGCAGAGUGUCCCAAAGACAGGCUGGCUCAGGAUGGCUCUGUGUGUCAUGAAUCUUUCAUUUGCUUUGGUGGUCGGUGCAUGGACCCUAGCUCUCAGUGCUCACGCGUCUUUGGGUUUGGCGCAAAGUCUGCGUCAGAUGAAUGCUACCACUCUUUCAACAGCAGAGGGGACCGAUUCGGGAACUGUGGCUUCUCCUCUCUAGGAACGUAUGCCAAGUGUUCAGAUGAAAAUAUACUGUGUGGGAAACUUGUAUGUACAGAAGUAGACUUCUUGCCGCCAAUCAAACACAAGCACACACUGAUUCAGAUCCCUCAGAUAGUGGAUUGGUGCUGGAGUAUGGACGCUUUUGACAAUACAGAUAUCCCUGAUGAGGGACAGGUGAAGAACAACAUGUACUGUGGCCCACAAAAAAGUUGUAAGAAUUUCGCUUGUGUAGGCUCCCCUGUAUUCAAAUCUUCCUGUGAUGCAGCGCGAUCAUGUAAUGGACAUGGCGUUUGUAACGAUUUAGGAAACUGUCAUUGUUUAUCAGGCUUUGCACCCCCUGACUGCAUAAAGUAUGGAAACGGAGGCAGUGUGGACAGUGGUCCUUCUACUGGACCGCCAAGUGGAAAUCCUGAAGAUGUGAAUGAAAUCUCUGAGGAGGAAAAUAAAAAUGAAUGGAUACUUAACUUAAAGCUGAUAGUCCUUACUGUCAUGCUGGUACUCUUCAUACUCCUUAUAAUCAUCUGCAUAGUAACCACCUACAGUACUUCAGAACCUACUUCCGAAGCAGAACCUUCGGAAGAGGCAAAGGAGGAGGCCAAGAAAGAGGAAGAAGAGGGAGAAGGAGAAGAAGAAAUAGAAGAAGAAGAGGAAGAGGAGGAGGAGGAGGAAGAAGAGAAGGAG